CGGAUCUGCAUCCCCCCAUUUAAUGGCAUCUUCUUUGCUUUUGUUUCCGUGGCGUCUGCGUCGCUAUCUUAGACUCUUCGAUUUCAGGAGUACAUAUUACAGUUUCUCUAUAUAUUUUAUCCGUAUAUCCGUACUUUCUUUUAUGUCGCAUGUAUACCUAUCAUCGUCAUUAUACCUACUAUCCUAAUCUGCGCCAAGCUUUGUCUAAACUCUUUAGCUGCAUCUGAUCGCGACAACUUCUGAUCGACAAAGCUUUGAGACAAGUUUCUUCGAUACAAGCCACCGAACCGGCACUCCGCGAAGUACCCUACGAAGAGGAUUAUCGAUGCUAUCAACGACGUCAUAUCAUUUUUCUUGAUCAUAGAUUGCGAUAUUUGUAACAUCAGUCAUGAUUUCUCGAAAUCGCUCCAGUCGGCGCAGAAGUGCUGCUCUAGCCUUCAUCGUCAUCACUGUUCUCGUCCUCAACUACGGAGGCCUUUUGUCAUUACCGUUUAGCUUCGAAGAACCCCCACAACCCGAUCGCCCAGAUUUUGAUCUUGCACCACCAUGUGCCUCAACUCUCGAUCAUCUGCGACGCUCCUCGUACGGCCUAACGAGGGACAUCAUAUACCAAAAACGCUGCAUCCGCCCUGUCGUAGACAAGAAACUUGAUAGUCAGGUUGUAUCGCAGAACCCGGAUGCCUUGAUCAAGAGCGGCCAAACCGUUCAACUUGACCAGGCUUGUGAAGGAUGGACCGAAUCGACUUGCGAACCAGUCACUCUUAGGGUGCCUCCGCCUUACCCUCAGCAGGACUACUCUGGAUUUUUGUUUGGUGUUGCGACAAGUCUUGAUCGAUUGAACGAAUCUAUGUCACAGUUUGAGAGCUGGCUCGGCAAUACACAUGCGCAAUUACUUGCGGUUAUCACUGAUGCCGGCGACGAGUCCAAGUAUAAACAAGUCACUGAGCAGUUUCGCCAGCGCGGGAUCGAACUCAGCAUCAAGGAUCCAUGGAACAAGGCCAUCACCUCCAACGAGCAGCACUUUGCAAUCGUCCGUGAUCUUCUUGCGCACGUUACCCCGAAGACGCAGUGGACUGCCAUUGUCGACGAUGACACCUUCUUUCCUUCUCUUUAUCCCAUGAGCAAGAUUCUAGGCAAAUACGAUCACAAGCUUCCAGCAUACGUGGGUGGGUUGUCGGAGAACUACGAUGCAGUCAAGCACCAUGGCUACAUGGCUUUUGGAGGAGCAGGAAUCUUCCUCAGCCCAGCCCUGCUUCGCGAGCUUGACCCUCAUCUGGAGGAAUGCCUCAAAGUUGAUCAUGUGCCUCAAGGCGAUGGUCUUCUCAAGCAAUGCAUCUACAGCAAGACCAAGACGAAGCUCACUGUUGUAAAAGGGCUUCACCAGCUGGACAUGGGUGGAGAUAUGAGCGGUUUCUAUGAGUCCGGCCGUCUGCCAAUGAGUUUACAUCACUGGAAGUCGUGGCACCAGGCCCCUGUUGACAAGAUGGUCAAGAUCUCCGAAUUUUGUGGAAGUUGUUUCCUGCAACGCUUCGCUUUUGGCGCCGACACUGUCUUGACAAACGGAUAUAGCAUAGCCCAAUACUCUGCAGGCCUGGAAAGCGUGGACUUGAACAAGAUGGAAGGAAGCUGGGAGGGCGCUGAAGGGUUCGACUGGAGUCUGAGCCCAAUGAGAUCCAAGAUGGAUCGACGUUUGAAGAAGAGCUAUCAUCUAGUCGACACAGAAGUGGUUGGCAAGAAUAUCCGGCAAAUUUACAUUCACCGUCUUGAGGAUGACAUCCCCGGCCCGGACGAGAAGUCGAAGGACACCAAGAAGACGCCACCACCCAAGAUAGAAGAGAUGAAGGAUGAAGUGAUAGAAUUGUUGUGGGAAUUAUGAUAAGACACGAGAUUGGACUAGACAUAUUGGUGUUCCCGGUCGGGCCGGAUUUGUAUAUACGACGAAUGAUACCAGAUGACAUAUGGGAUGGAUAGAUAGACUGGUUUUGUAGAUAAUAAUGCUAAUGAGCCUUUCCUUAUCCCGGCAUUAAUAUGAGAGCAAGAGGGGUCUUCUGAUCUCUACCCC